UCGACUUUACCACACAGUACAAUGUCUUCUUCUGAUUCUCUCACGGUCACUAUUGUUGGCGGCGGCAACAUGGGCACCGCCGUCCUCCGCUCGCUUGCGAGCACUAAGGCCAACAUCCGCCUCGCCACCCGCUCGCAGGCGACGCUCGACGCAUAUGCGGCGUCUCACAACGCCGAGCCGUUCCAGGCGCCCGACGCGACGCACCGGGCGUGCGUCGGUGCCGACAUUGUCGUCCUCGCCCUCAAGCCCGCGGCCAUCCUCGCUACAGCCGCGUUCCUUGCCAAGGACGCCGCUGACGGCACGCCGCGGCUCGCCGACGGUACCGUCGUCGUCUCGCUCGCCGCUGGCCUCAGCCUCGCCGCUCUCCACGGUGCGCUCCCGCCGAACGUCGUCGUCAUCCGUGGCAUGCCGUCGACGCCGAUGGCCAUCGGCUCGGGCACGCUCUCACUCGCCGCCGCCGAUCCGGCCCACAAGGCGUCGGCCGACGCCCUUGUCGCCCUCACCACCCUCUUUGAGCCGGCCGCCGACGCCGUCGUCACCGUCCCUGAAGACGCCAUGCAUGCUGUCACUGCCCUCGCCGGCUCCGGCCCGGCAUACAUCUUUGCCAUGGCUGAGGCCUUUCUUGAUGCCGGCUCCAUCCUCGGCCUGGAGCCACAGCUUGCCCGUGAUCUCGUCCGCGGCACCAUUGUCGGUGCCGCCUCAUACCUCGCCUCCCACGACGACUUUCCGGCCACACGCCUCCGCACCGAGGUCACCUCGCCCAACGGCACCACCGCCGCUGCUCUCUCCGUCCUGGACGAGCGCAACUGGCGCGCCAUCCUCGUCGACGCCAUCCGGGCCGGAGCCGCCCGCUCCGUCGAGAUGGGCAAGGCCCUCGACGACAUGGCUGCUGCUGCCGCAGCCGAGCCUUCCACCGAUGCUUAAACUCUGCCUGCUCUCCA